UCUUUUCCUUUUUCAUGACCUUUUUUUUUUCACUUAAACGGGUAUUCGGUUUGGUUGCUAAGAAAACAUUAAAAGGGUAUUGAUUCUUUUUGUUUUAUGCUGGAUUGUUUCCACGGAAAAGAAUAUUUUUUUUCAGUUCAAGUUGGCCGAAGCUCUGUUGCCUGACCACCUCGGGUGCGAAGUUUUUAUUUUCUUUUAGUUUCCUACUGUUUCUCUGGAACCAAAUAGUGCAUGGUUUUGUUUUUCUUUCAGUUCAUCGGAAAAGUGAAUUUUUUUAAAGAUUUUAUUAGUGAGACGCAAUGGGGAAUGCUUCAUCAAUGCUAACUCAAUAUGAUAUUGAAGAAGUUCAAGACUACUGCCAUAAUCUAUUCUCUCAGCAAGAAAUUGUUUCAUUGUAUCAAAGGUUUUGCCAGUUAGAUAGAAAUGCAAAGGGAUUUAUAUCUGCUGAUGAGUUCUUAUCGGUUCCAGAGUUUGCUAUGAAUCCUCUCUCUCAGAGGCUGCUUAAGAUGGUGGAUGGUUUGAACUUUAAGGACUUUGUAGCCUUCUUGUCAGCUUUUACUGCCAAAGCAAGUAUAGAGCAGAAAAUUCAACUUAUCUUCAAAGUGUAUGAUUCUGAUGGGAAUGGAAAGGUGUCUUUCAAUGACAUACUCGAAGUGUUGCGUGAGUUGUCUGGUUCAUAUAUUUCCAAUGACCAAAGAGAGCAAGUCUUGACCCAACUUUUGAAAGAAGCAGGUUACUCAAGGGACUCUUACCUAAUGUUGGAUGACUUCAUUAAGGUUUUUGGGAGUUCUGGACUUAAAAUGGAGGUUGAAGUUCCUGUUGAUUAAGCUAAUUCAUGCAGUCUUUCCCCUGGAUGACUGGAGACGAAUAAUUGCAUGCAUCAUAAUUCAUAGUAGAGAAACACAUUUUAGGCAUACAUAAAUACACCCAUACCAUGUUCCUAACCUCAGUGACAAUAAAUAAUUAGCCACAUAUGUAUUAAAAAUAAGUUCAGUUUCUGUAAA